CUUCCCGUCCCUCCCUGUCCCUUCCCGUCCCUCCCCGCCGCCCCUCCGUGAGGGGCAGGGCCGGACCCCCCUCGCUGUCCCCGGCCCGCUCGGCGCGGCCACGGCUGCCCCGCAGCCCCAGGCCGGGGCCAGCGCCGUGUUCGGGCCCGGAGGGACGGGAGGAGCCGGGCCCGGAGGGAUGGUCGGGGAGCGGCUCCUCCGCUCGGCCUCUGCGCGGCUCUGACCGAAAGAGUGGUGGUAACUCUAGAGAAAAUUAAAUGUCUUCAGAGGACAAGGAGGCUCAGGAGGACGAGCUGCUGGCUCUGGCCAGCAUCUACGAUGAGGAUGAGUUUAAGAGAGCAGAGUCUGCCCAGGGAGGAGAAACAAGAAUUUGUCUGGAGUUGCCUCAAGACUUCAAAAUUUUUGUGAGGGGCAGUUCCACAGAGAGCCUCCAGAGCAGUGGGUUCGAGUACUCCGUGUGCUUCCUGCCUCCCCUCGUGCUGAAUUUCGAGCUCCCACCUGACUACCCAUCGACCUCACCACCCCUGUUCACCCUCAGUGGGAAAUGGCUCUCCCAGGCCCAGCUCAGUGCUCUUUGCAAGCACUUGGACAAUGUGUGGGAAGAGAACCGAGGCUGUGUGGUCCUGUUUGCCUGGAUGCAGUUCCUGAAGGAGGAAACGUUGAAUUACCUGAAUAUUUCAUCACCAUACGAGCUGAAAAUGUGCCCUCAGGGGAAGGGGCAGAGCUGGACACCUGGGGGGCCCCUCGAGACUGGGAAAGACUGUGGGGGUGCCACAGGCUCUGCCACAGCUGAGGAGGAAAUCAUGGAUGCCAGGGCUGUGCAGGAUGUGGAGUCCUUGUCCAGUCUGAUCAGGGAGAUCUUGGACUUCGACCAGGCCCAGAGGAGGAGGUGCUUUAACAGUAAGAUGUACUUGUGCAGCAUCUGCUUCUGUGAGAAGCUGGGCAGUGAGUGCAUGCACUUCACUGAGUGCAGCCACGUGUACUGCAAAGCCUGCCUGAAGGACUACUUUGAAAUCCAGAUCAGGGAUGGACAGGUGCACUGCCUCAACUGCCCCGAGCCCAAGUGUUCUUCUGUCGCCACUCCAGGCCAGGUGAAGGAGCUGGUGGGGGAGGAGCUGUUUGCCCGCUAUGACCGCCUGCUGCUGCAGUCCAGCCUGGACCUGAUGGCUGACGUGGUGUAUUGCCCCCGGCCCGGCUGCCAGACCCCCGUGAUGCAGGAGCCAGGCUGCACCAUGGGCAUCUGCUCCUGCUGCAACUACGCCUUCUGCACCCUCUGCAGGAUGACUUACCAUGGGGUGUCCCCCUGCAAGGUCACUGCAGAGAAGUUAAUGGAUUUGAGGAAUGAAUAUUUAGAAGCAGAUGAGACAACUAAAAGAUUUUUGGAACAACGCUAUGGCAAGAGAGUGAUUCAGAAAGCCCUGGAGGAGAUGGAGAGUAAAGAAUGGCUGGAGAAGAACUCCAAGUCUUGUCCUUGCUGUGGGACCCACAUCGAGAAGCUGGAUGGGUGUAACAAGAUGACCUGCACAGGGUGCAUGCAGUAUUUCUGCUGGCUCUGCAUGGGCUCCCUGUCCCGGGCCAACCCCUACCGGCACUUCAGCGACCCCUCCUCCCCCUGCUUCAACAGAUUGUUUCAAGCCAUGCACGAUGGGGAGUUCUGGGAAGUGGAAGAUGAUGAUCAGUAGCUUCCUCCAGCACCAAAAGGGGUGAGUGCCAAGGCAGUGAGCUGAGGAUGUGACCAGUGAGGGUGAAAAGGAAGAGAUGAACUUGAAUUCUUCAAGAUACUAUUACCUUGUGUUCUCAGUUGAUGAAGUAAUUUAUUUUUUAUUAAUUCUUCAUAUAAGAAAUUUGAUGGUUGAUACUUUUGCUUCUGGACUAGAUCCUUUAUUUCUAUUGGUUUUGCACUUGAAAUUAUUUCAGAAACCAAAUUGUUUCUCCUAAAAUCUCAGCAAGUGGUUUUGAGAAUAUGAAGGUGAUUAAUGGAGGCAAACACUGAUUUUUGACAAGUUUUUCCACUUGCAGAACAGUCUAAAAGUUUAUUUGGAAACUAAAGCUGCAUGUGCUUUGUUCAAGAGCAGUGGGGCCUGGAUGGAAAGCUCUGGAGCUGGGACUCCUCAGGAACUCAGGGUGGUCACAGCUCACUCAGUUCUGACUGAGAGUUGGUAAAUGUAUCCUGGAUGUUUGGCCAGAAUGAACAGUGCUCAGUUCCCUCUGCAGAGGAGGAGUCUGCACUGUUGGAACUGGCACAGAGAUUAAAAAGAUGAAAGGAGGAGCAAAUCCCACCUCAGCUGAAGCUCUAGGUCAGUGUGUAGGAAAAGUGCACAUUGUGUAUGGUUUGAGUUGUAUUUCCUGCACCUUUCACAUGCACUAAAUUCACUUUAAGAUGAUAAA